GAAUGAAGGAGGGUAGCUGAGAAAGAGAUCAACAACGAGAGGGAAAUGGAAGACUCCAUCUUAGCAUAUUCAGCGAUUUCAAUUCUGAGUAUUGGUAUAGUUUUGGGAAUCAUAAAGCAUUUGUUGAAAUCAAAUUGCUACAAGAAUCUCCCUCCAUGUCCACCCUCAAUUCCAAUUAUAGGUCACCUCCAUCUCCUUAAACUCCCAGUUCAUAGGACACUACAAACUCUCUCACAAAAGUAUGGUCCAGUACUUUCUCUUCGGUUCGGCUCUCGUUUAGUCGUCGUGGUUUCGUCCAUGCAGGCUGCUGAAGAAUGCUUCACCAAAAACGACAUCAUUUUCGCAAACCGUCCGGACUUCGCCGUGAGCCGGUGCUUGAGUUACAACCACACCACCCUUGGAGCGGCUCCCUACGGUGAUCACUGGCGUAAGCUUCGUCGUGUCAGCGCACUCGAAAUAUUGUCUUCAAAUCGUCUUAACACGAAUUCCGGGAUUCGGAGAGACGAAGUGAGAAGAGUAAUGAGGAAGAUAUAUGAAGCUUCGAGAGAUGAUUUUGGCAAAGUGGAGUUCAAAUCAAUGGUGAAGGAAUUGACAUUGAACAUAACAAUGAGAAUGGUGGCAGGGAAGAGAUAUUAUGGUGAAGAAGCAGCUAAAAGUAGUGAAGCAAGAACAUUUCAAGCUAUUGUGAAUGAGCUUUUUGAAUUUACUUUGUCUUCAUAUCCAGCUGACUUCUUGCCCAUUUUGAAGUAUAUUGAUAUUCAAGGUUUUAUGAAGAGGGCAAAGAAGCUUAUCACAAGGGUUGAUGCAUUUUGGCAAGGAUUGAUUGAUGAGCAUAGAAGAGGUGAAAUUAGUAAUGAAGAAAUGGAGAAUUCUAUGGUUGCUCAUUUCCUUAAGUUGCAAGAGUCACAGCCCGAGUAUUAUACAGAUGAUAUUAUCAAAGGCUUGAUUUUGACGAUGAUACUCGGUGGCUCAGACACUACUGCGGUGACAAUAGAGUGGGCAAUGUCAAAUCUCCUAAACCAUCCAUCAGUAUUGAAGAAGGCAAGAGCUGAAUUAGAGUCUCAACUGGGUGAAGAUCAAUUGCUUGAAGAAACCGAUCUUUCAAAAUUAAGUUACCUACGAUGUAUAGUCCUAGAAACUCUUCGGUUGUACCCGGCUGGCCCGCUCCUACUGCCACAUAAGUCUUCAGCCGACUGUACCAUAUUAGGAUACGACGUGCCACAUGACACAAUCUUAUUGGUAAAUGCUUGGGCUAUCCAUAGGGACCCCACAUUAUGGGAAGAUCCAAUGAGUUUUAAACCAGAGAGGUUUGAGAAUAAUAAUGGGGAAGGGGAUGGAAGUAGUAAGUUAAUGAUAGCAUUUGGUUUGGGAAGAAGAGCUUGUCCAGGAACUGGAAUGGCACAUAGAGUGCUGGGUUUGAGUCUUGGACUGUUGAUUCAAUGUUUUGAUUGGAAGAGUAUUGAAGGUAAGGAAGUAGAUAUGACUGAAGGAAUUGGGGUUAGUAUGCCUAAAGCUCAACCACUUGAAGCAUUAUGUAAAGCAAGAGAAAUUGCAACCAAGCUGCUUUGAAACUUUUUGAAAUGCAAUCAAAUAACAACUCUUAUGCAAAGAGAUCUUCCUUAAGUUU